UCGAUACCGAUUUCCAUGUGGUCGUGUUGCUCGCUUAAAUUUAUAAACUUGUAAUUACUUAAAUUAAUUCUUUCCCUUUUAGAUAUAAAAAAAUGUCGUUUGAUACUAACACCGUAGAUAAAUCAAUUAAGAAGAUAAUAAAAACAAGCACCAGAAGUCGUCAUCGUGCAUUAUUUGUUAUUUUAGGUUCUGAUGGAUCUACAAAAGUACCAAUCUUCUAUCAUCUGUUAAAGCAAAACAAAGUCAAAGAAAUUUCAGUUUUAUGGUGUACUAAAGAAAAUUCAAAUUUUGAUAAAAAUUCAAGCCUACCUAAAUUAAGUGAUACAGAUGAUGACGGUUUUGCACCAUAUUAUUGCUCAUACAGCAAUAUUGAAAAUAUUUCUCACCAUUCCUUCAAUCUAGUAAUUCUUCAAGAUUUUGAAGCUCUUACUUUGCAUAGUUUAUCUGUGGCUUUAAAUAUAGCAAAAGGAAGUGGAAUUAUUGUUUUUCUUUUCCAUGGUCUAAAAAAUUUAAAUGACUUGAAGACUUUAAACCUGAAUACCGGAUACAAACUUUCCAGAUUUAGUAAGCGAUUUGCUGUUUCACUUCAGUCUUGUCCAAAUUCAAUGAUACUUGAUGAUAAUUUGAAUAUAUUAUCAUCUGGACCUAAGCUGCCAGAAAGUCAGGAAUUUGAUAAAUACUUCAACAAGGAAAAAAUUGAAGAACUGAAGAUGAAAUAUGAGAAGGAUAAUAUUAUUACUUCUCUUCUGAGUAUUUGUGUAACUAUUGAACAAGCAGAGUUGUUGCUGAAAUUUUUAGAAACUCUGAAAAACAGAACUUUUCGCAAUAUUCUUUCUGUCUCAUCUGCUGUAGGAAGAGGAAAAUCUGCUGUUUUGGGUCUUGCUAUUGCUGGCAGUCUAGCUUUUAAUUAUUCGAACAUAUUCAUUUCAGCCAUGUGCUAUAAAAAUGUCAGUACUGUUUUUAAGUUUCUUCUGAAAGGACUUGAUGUUUUGAAUUAUAAGGAAGAUGAGGAUUUUGACCUAAUCCAAUCUAUAAACCCAAAGCUUAAUUAUGCCCUCACAGGAAUAAAUGUUUUUAGAGAUCAUCCUCAGUCAGUUCGCUUUAUUUUUCCUGAAGAUAUUGGAGAAAGAUUAGAACAAGCUGAGCUUGUUGUGUUUGAUGAAGCAGCUUCUAUCCCACUGCAUAUAUUAAAGAAUCUGUAUGGCCCUUAUGUAGUUCUUAUGGCUGCUUCAACAAGUGGACCUGAAGCUUCAAGCCCAUAUUUAUAUAACAGUAUGAUAAAUGCCAUUGAACCCUCUGGUGCUUUAGAAUCCCAAAGUGGAAAACUUCAGAAAUUUACUCUUGAUGAUCCAAUUCACUAUGCUAGUGGUGACAGUAUUGAAUCUUGGUUGAAUCAUUUAUUGUGUGUGGAACCAGCUAUUUGUUCACAUCUGUCUUGUGGCUUUCCAGUCCCAGACCAAUGUAGACUAUUUUGUGUGAAUCGUAACUCUUUAUUUGGAGGCAACAAGCAAGCCGAAGAAUUUCUUCAAUCUCUGAUGUCUAUUUUAACAUCCUGCAGUAAAGUAAUUAAUCCAGAUCAUCUUUUAAAUUUAGCAGAUUCUCCCAAUUAUCAAAUAUUCUGUCUGCUACCUCCAGUAACGAGUACAAAACAAGUACUUUCUGGAAUAAUUUGUGCAUUGCUGGUUCAUUUGGAGAAUGAAAUUCCGGACCACAUUGUUCAUUGUGGAACAAAUUUGAAUGGAUCAGUUUCUAAUUGUUUUAAUGACUGGAAAGCUGAGAAUAAGACAACAUCUCGCUUUCUACCUAUAAAGGGAGCCCACGUACUUAAUAUAGUUACUCAUCAAAAUUAUAGAAAGAUGGGUUAUGGUAUGCGUGCGUUGCAACUCCUCCAAGAAUUUUAUGAAGGCAAAUGUAUAUCUUUGGAUGAAAAUUUAGAAUCACGUUGCAAAUUAACAGAUAAUCUUGAAGAUAAUCCUACAGAGUUACCAAUUUUGCAACAACUAACAGAAAUACAGCCUGAUAAUGUUGAAUAUAUACUAGUUUCUUGUAAUUUAUCAUUAGAAUUUUUAAGAUUUUGGAAGAAAAGCAAUUUUAUUCCAGUAUACAUUACUGAUAAAAAGAAUCCUGAAGGAGAACAUUCAUUAUUCAUGAUCAAAGCUGUUGAAGAGACAUUUAGACAGAGACUAGAAAAAUAUUGGUCCAGUUUUCUAAAUCAAUAUUGCUUUCUCCUUGGAUCUGAAUUUCAAACUUCUAAAUCAGUGUUGGCUCUUAGUAUCAUCCAGUGUGGUUCAAAUUUUGUGAAGAAAGAUUUUAAAGAACUUACGAAAGCUGAAAUUGAUUUGCUAAUUAGACCUCACCAAAUGAGACAGUUGGAAAAAUAUUGUCAGAAUCUUCAAGAUUUUUAUGCUGUCAUACAGUUGAUUCCUACUCUAACUAAUUUAUAUUUCAAUAAUUGUCUAAAGGGUGUGAAUCUUCCUCGUACACAAGAAGCUAUUCUUCUGUCUUUUGGUUAUCAGUAUAAAACUGCUGCUGAUGUAAAAAAUGAUUUAGGACUUGAUACCUCACAAAUUCAUGGUCUCUUAAAUAGAACUAUAAAAAGGAUUACUAGUAAUCUUACAGAAAUUAUUGAAAAAAGUGUUGCAAAUACUUUUGAAAAACGGGAAGUUAUCAUGGAACCUGUUGCACAGAGCUUAGAUGAAGAAUUGGAGGAGGCUGCUAAGCAAAUUCAAGAGAAGCAGGAACAGGAUGCAUUGAAACUCAAAGACAUAGAUAUAUCUCAAUAUGCCAUAAAAGGGUCAGAAGAUGAGUGGGAGAAAGUGUUAUUCAGUGGACGUAAAGCUCUUGUGAGCAUUAAAAGCAUCAAGAAAAUAGCAAAUACUAUUGAAAAACCUAAACAUAAUGAAGACAGCUUUAAGAAACCUAAACACCAGAAGAAACGGAAACGAUAGAGUAAUAUCUGCUAGAUAUUGUUCUAACUAUUUGAGUCGAACAAAUUGUGAGAAAGACUUAAUACAUAAACUUUUCAGAAUAUUUUUAUCAUCAUUUCUUAUUCUGACAACAUAUUUAUUGUGCAAAAUGUUGUGUAUAGACUCAAACUGUUCGAACUUGCUUUAUAAUAACAGAUGUUUUUGUGAAGCUGAUAUUGUUAUUGUAUUUUAUUUUUUAAUAAAAUGUAUAUAUUUUCAGA